UAUUACUAGAGAAGCUGACAACGUUUGAUAGAAUGGUAGACUGCUUGACUGACGACAACGUCAUGCAACACAGAAUUUUUAAGGUCACUACCACCCUCACAAUCUGGCAGAAGAAUUGCGACAGGUUAUGGAUGUUCGACUCUGUUCUGGAUGCAGAAGCAUCAGAGUGAUGUUACAAAAAAAGUAUGAUUGCUCAUCAACAAUACAAGAUUUCUUGGUUUCCAUUCUUUGCAAACUGACUGUUCCAAUCAUGUCAUAUCAUAAUGCCCACAGUUGGGGAUAUUUCAGCCAAGCAGAAUGCACAUGGGAAGAAGACAUUCUACGUGACUGUGAGUUUCCUGUUCACUUGUUACCAGCAGUUGUUCCACCUGGCUCUGUUGCUGGGAUGACCGUGAAUAGAUGGUAUGGUAUUUCUCCAGGUGUUCCCGUACUUGCGGCAUUGGGUGACAUGCAGUGCUCAGUACAGGCUGCAAUGGAAAUGGCUACUGAUGCUGUGCUAAAUAUAGGCACCUCUGCUCAACUGUCAUACCAGUUGGCACUUCCUAUACUAACUAGAUGUGUUGAAACUGUAGAGUAUCAACCAUUUAUGAUGAACCGAAGUCUUGUCGUUGCAGCAUCUCUGAAUGGUGGGAAUGUCUUGAUGAAAUUUGUUUCUUUGCUACAGAACUGGGUGUCAGAACUUGGUUUGGAGUGUCCUACUGUAGAUACGAUUUACUCGAGGCUUUUGGAAGGGGGAGAAAUGCUAUCAACACUGAAGAUUUCUCCUCUACUAUAUGGUGAACGACACUGUCCUAGUGUACUUGGUUCAGUUGCAAAUAUUUCACCACAUUCACCAUCACUGGGAGAAACAUUUACAGCAUUAUGUGAUGGAUUGAUUGCAAACAUUGCAGGAAUGCUAAGUAAUGAAACACUGAUUAUUGGAACCGGGAAUGCUUUAGUGAAAAAUCCCAUUUUACAGGCAGCUGUUAAAAGACAUUUUGAUUUUCCACUUGUCAUCUGGUCAAGUUCUGAUGCAGCAAUUGGAUCUGCUCAAUAUGCUAUUGAGACAUUGAGAAGCUCAAAUCAGAGCAAAAAAUAAAACAAUUUCAAAUUUAAACCAUAGAAAAUUGUGAAAUACUCUAGUGUAGUUUAAUGUUUACUGUUGUAAGAGCAUCCACUGCCCACUGUGGGUAAUCCUUGUUUGGGUAAGCAGUCAACAUGAAAUCUUGAACGAA